AUGCCGCCGCUGCUGCUGGUUGAGGGCACCGUUUGGCCGGGGAUGGGACCUCCAGGACGAGGUCCUCUCCGGCCUCCUCCGAGGCUUGCCUGCUCCCUUCAAAAGUUCUGUGCCAACAGAGAGGUUCCCGUCCAUACCCAGGACCGUGGGAUGGAGAGGUGGAGACCGAGUACUGAGGCCGGGAAGGCAUCUGUCCCCCUCCCCAAAGGGAGAAGGCGGGCAUGUUCGGAGACCUCUCCCGCCUGCAGCACUGCACACACGGCCUUGCCUUGGCUUUCAGCCUUCCGCAUUGCGAUGGAUGUUUACAGGAACCCAGCCAGAGUAUGCCUCCCUGCUCUUUAUCCCCGACUGCACCUGCUGCCCACACUUAACUUUCAAGAGGACACUUCAAACCGCGGACACACACACACAGAAGCAACAGGCAACUCUGGCUGA